AUGUUUCCAUUACAGUUCACCUCCAUAACAGCUAUCAUUGCUGCUUCCGCCGCGACAGCAAGCCAAGUUUACCAACCAGAUCAGUACAAUGGAGAAAUCUACCAAUCACAGGCCGCUUUGGAACAUCAUGGCGUUUAUUCUGACCAAUCGCAGCUCGGCCAUAUAUACCAGAGGCCAGCAGGAGAGAGUACUGCACGGAUUUUAGGUUACAAUUCAGAAAACAAUGGACACGCCUAUCAUUAUGCAUAUGAAACAGAAAACGGUAUCAAAGCUCAAGAAGCCGGCCAAGUAACCAAGGGAACUCAGGCAGAAGGUGCUUUUUCAUACACCGGCGAUGACGGACAGACAUACACAGUGACGUACACUGCUGAUGAACAUGGCUUCAGACCCCAAGGAGCCCAUUUACCUACACCACCCCCCAUUCCUGAAGCUAUCUUGAAAUCCUUGGAACAGAACGCCAAGGAAGAGGCUAGCGGUAUUAUUGAUGAUGGUCACUACCGCGAAAACACUGGUCACUUGGAGCACGCUGGAAAUCAAGGAUACUACGAGGGAUACCAGCAAGAUGGACAUGCGCAGGCGCAGCUUAAUAACGGAUACCACAAUUAA